AUGGCUCAAACACCAUACGGCAUGACCUGGUCAACCGACACUUACGGCCCCGAUGGUCCCUGGAAUGCCAUUUCAGUGGAAAUCGGUACCCAAUGGCAAUCCAUCGCCCUCUAUCCCGGCGGCAAUUGGGAAUCCACAAUUCUCCUACCAACGCUUUGCACAAACACAUCAAUUUCAUCAAAAUGCUAUGCCGGGGAUGCCGGAAUCUACAACGCCGAUGACUCGCUAACAUGGGACAUCACCACCAUUCAACAACCACCGGAUGGGAACUGGCAAAAAUAUACCAUGGGCUUCGCUGACGACGUCCCCGUAUACGCAUCGGCACAACGCGCCAUGGACACCAUAACACUCUGGAAUGGCGUCACCGUUCCUCAUGUAAGUCUGAUCGGCAUCUCAGAGGGCUAUCAGACCUAUCCAGGUGGUCAAAACUACCCCCUUGAAGUCGGCGUGCUUUCUCUGGGCGCAAAUGAACCCAAUCAGACAUUCAGUGUUAAUGAUACCCAUGCCGUCGAAGCAAACUUUGUCACGGGCUGGUUGUAUGAGUCCCGAAGGAUUCCUUCGUACUCGUAUGGAAUGCAUAUUGGCUCGGCGGCACAGAAGAUUCCUGGCUCGUUGGUUCUGGGUGGAUAUGAGAUUGCUCGUGCACUCGGGAAUGUAUCGAGUCAGCCGUAUAAUGGGACCAAGUUUCCCAUUCAGUUGCUGGAUAUCGGUAUUGGGGUUGUUACCGGUGAUUCUCCUUGGAACUCAUCCAACAUAACCAAUCUUCUGGCCCCUGGAAACACAACUCUACAGCGGCAGCGGCAGCAGCAACAACAAGAACGAGGCACCAAAGUCCUCGUAACAGGCGCAGACCCGUACCUCUACCUCCCCCAAAGCACCUGCGAGAAGAUCACGAGUCACCUCCCAGUCACUUACAACUCCAGCCUAGGCCUCUACUUCUGGAACACCAAGGACAUCCAGUAUCACAAAAUCGUCAAAUCACCCAGUUAUCUCUCCUUCACUUUCGCCGCCAAUGCGUCUAGGGAUACAAACAGCAACAUCACGAUCAAGGUUCCAUUUGCAUUGCUGAAUCUCAAACUCGAAGCCCCUUUAGUCGCUGAAUCGACCCCUUAUUUUCCAUGUAUGGGUACGGCUAAUGGCCCGACCGACGUCCUGGGCCGAGCGUUCCUUCAAGCAGCCUUCGUCGGUGUAAAUUGGACUCCGAAAAGGGGGGAUGGGAACUGGUUUCUAGCCCAAGCCCCGGGGCCAGGAUACUCGAGAAGCUUGUCUGAGUCGAAUGUGAUCCGUAUCCAUGAGACGAACGAGACGAUUAUCGGCUCUAUUGCGCCGAGCUGGGAGGAGACGUGGAUGGAUCAUUGGACUCCGCUCAACAAUACAGAUAAUAGCACGUUUACAGAGUCAGAGUCCUCUGGUUCGGGGGGUGGUAUUUCUUCGGAUUUGAUUACCAUCAUCGGUGCAACUGUGGGUGGUGUUGUUGGGUUAGUCGUUCUUGCUUGUAUUUUGUGUAAGAGGACUCGUCGUCCUCAGCGGGGGGGAUAUAGUCCGCCAGGAGGAGAGCAGGAUGAAUAUGGCCAGCGACGACAGCAGGAAGAGCACAGUCAACGAGGAGAGCAGCUACCACCAUAUAGUGCCCAAGCUGUUGACAACCGCGCCGAUAACGGCAAGCCUGCUUCAAGGAUCGUAGCUGAGCCACAGAGCGCGGCACAAUCGCAGCAAACUCCUCGGACUCAUACACAGCAACCUGGUACACACACGGCAGAGAGACGCGAAACCUCAAAGACCAGUGUAGUCAGGAGGAAUGACCGGGGAACGGCUCAUAGUUCACGUGAAGAACACAUCGUUGAGUAUCAUUGGAGGUCGGCACGGGUUGUAUCGUCGUCAUCUUCAUCGUCUUCGUCUAGUUAG